AACACAAGAAUGAGAUUGGUACACAACCAAAUCGCUAUCAAACUAUACCUACCCAUAAUCGCAAAUCGCUGUAUUAUGGCGGCUGUACACACUAGACGAGAACCUCUCGCCGAGAGCCUCGGCCGAAAAGACUCGUCGAGAGCAUGCCUGUACACACUCGUUAUAACAUUUGAACUGAAGAGUUACACGACAAUGGACGUAGAAGUAGCUGCUGCUAUUUGUCUUUGUGCCGUGAGCUAUUAUAAUUUUUUAAACAUUUACUAUAAAAAAACAAUUCUCAAACCAUGGAGAAAAAGAAGAUGGUGGAUGAUUACUAUGCACCGCAGUAGAAACAGAAGUACAAUGGAAAAUCAAUUUGCUGAGUUGGUGGCGGAACCUUCUGGCCAAUUUAACAACUUCACAAGAAUGUCUCUAUCAGACUUUGAAUAUUUAUUGCAAAAAGUGUCUCCAAUGAUAAGUAAGACAAAUACACUUAAAAGAGAAGCAAUACCUGCUAAAAUUCGCCUAGCAAUUACGUUGAGAUUUUUAGCCAGCGGAGACAACUUUGAGAGUCUACAUUAUCUGUUCAAAGUUUCCGGUUCAAUAAUUUCCAGAAUUGUGCCCGAAGUUUGUAUUGCUCUAAACCAAGUUUUAAAGGAUCAAAUUAGGAUUCCUGAGGAUCCACAAUCAUGGUUACAAAUAGAAAAAGGUUUUAGAAAAUUUCCAAGGUGUAUAGGCGCAAUAGAUGGCAAACACAUUGUUAUCCAAUCUCCUAUGCUUAGUGGUUCAGAGUACUAUAACUAUAAAAAGAGUUUCAGUAUUGUUCUUCUUGCUUUAGUUGACAGUAAUUACAAUUUUAUUUUUGCUGAAAUUGGAAGCCAGGGAAGAAUUAGUGAUGGUGGUGUCUUUCGUAGUAGUCAACUAUGGCAAAGAAUUUGCUCAAAUAAUUUAAAUUUCCCAAUGCCACGACCGCUACCAGGGGGUAGAAGAGAAGUUCCGUAUGUUUUUCUGGGAGACGGAGCAUUUGCAUUGACAGCACAUGUGAUGAAGCCGUAUCCAGGAAGUCAUAAUGAAUGGACGCCGAAACGUAUAUUUAAUAAGAAAUUAUCUUCGUCACGUGUAGUGGUUGAAAAUGCAUUUGGGAUACUAGCUUCAAGAUUCAGAAUAUUUCGGAAACCCAUAUUACUAAACCCAGAGAAAACCACUAUUAUUGCAAUGACUUGUGUACUUCUACACAAUUUCUUGAGGAAGAGUAGAACGUCAUCGGCAAUUUAUGCACCUUCAGGUACAGUUGACGUAUAUGACAGCAACAAUGAGCUAGUCACACCAGGUUUAUGGAGGAAUGAAAUUGAAGACACAUGUGCCAUCAGACCCUUGCAACAAAUACCGAGAAGACCAGCACAGGAUGCAUGUCAGAUUAGAGAAGAAUUUACAACAUAUUUCUUUAAUAAUCAGCGCCAAUAAUUAAACGGGUUAUAUCUAUUACCUACCUGUUGUAAAUGUUGUAAUAAAUACAUUUUUAAUUGAUAUAAAUAAUGUUUUCUUACCUGUGUAUCU